CGCCGGGCCCAUGGCGGCGGCGCCGCGCGCCGUGCUGCUGCUCAGCGGCAAGAGGAAGUCGGGCAAGGACUUUGUGGCCGAGGAGAUCCAGAGCCGGCUGGGCCCCGACGUGUGCACCAUCCUCCGCCUGUCCGGACCCCUCAAGGAGCAGUACGCCAAGGAGCACGGCCUGGACUUCCAGCGGCUCCUGGAUGCCAGCGCCUACAAGGAGACCUACCGGCAGGACAUGAUCCGCUGGGGCGAGGAGAAGCGCCGCGCCGACCCCGGCUUCUUCUGCAGGAUCGUGGUGGAGGGAGCGGUGCAGCCGGUGUGGGUGGUGAGCGACACGCGGCGCCUCUCGGACGUGGAGUGGUUCCGGGACGUCUAUGGGGACGUGGUGCGGACCGUCAGGGUCGUGGCCACUGAGGAGACGAGGAAGAGGAGGAACUGGGUCUUCGUGGUGGGGGUGGACGACGCGGAGUCCGAGUGUGGCCUGGACCAGGGGCUGGCCUUCGACUGGGUCAUCACCAAUGAUGGGGACGAGCUGUCCCUAGACAGCCAGCUGGAGACGCUGCUGCAGUCCGUCCGUGGCCAGCUAUAGCCGCACCGCUGGUGCCAGAGCGAGCCCGUGGCAGCGGGACGUGGACCAAAGAGGGCUGCGGGGUGCUGGGGGGGGGUGCAGCUGCUGCUAACAGCUGGUUGCAGGGGACUAAUCCUUCUGCGGGGGCUGAGCCUGGCUCCGACCCCCGUGCGGGGGGCGCUGCGGCGAGGCCGGGUGCGGGCAGUGCCCAUCCGCCGCGGUGGGGCUGGGGAGCAGAGCCUGGAGCAGGAGCGAGCAGCGUGGGCCCGGUGGCCGUGGCCCCGUGGCCCGGUGGCCGUGGCCGUCCCCCCCCCCGGUGCCGCCAGGGGGCAGGGCACCCGCGGCCUGCGCCUGGCCCUGCUCGUGCCGCCGGUGGGCGAGCGUCUCUCCCCUCCUCAGCCGCUCCACAGCAUCCCGGUUAGCCAGCCCCGCUGGUGGGAGCACGCCUCCACGCCGGGGAGGGGAAGGGGGUCGGGUCCCCCCGUCACGUGUGAGCACCUCGCCUCUGCCUUGGCCAGACCCCCCUGCCCCUCGCGGGGCGGGCGGACGUGCCUUACCCCUGGAGCAGGCGACGCGGUGCCUGCCCCGUCUCCCUGCUCCUCUCUGCACUGCUUCACGGCCCCCGCAGGCUCGCUCUGCGGCCGGCGCUGACCAAGCUGUCUCGCCCACGAGCCCUCGCCAAGGCCAGUGUCAACCCCACCAGACGCAGAGCCCUGCCCGGCGGCUCCCGGCACGGCACGGCGCCUUCCCGGCUCUGCCACGGCAGCGGGUAGAGGCGAGAAGGCGGGGACAGCGCGCGAGGAAAGGCGCUGCCGUUCGGUGACCCUCUGCCCGUGGCUGGGGGCGGCCAGCACCCCUCUCCCAGCCCAGCAGCUCGGCGAUUCUGGGAGGGGGCUGCUGCCGCCCUGCCGUGCUCCAGCCCUCCUGCUGGCCAUUUGCUGCCCCAGGAAUAAACUCAGAUGGUGAGA